AUGGUAGCAGAGCAAGGUUCGAGAAAACGCGGAAAAUCAGAUACUUCAAAAAGUCUAACCACACCCCCACGUUUCAAACGCUAUAAAGAACAAUAUCCAUGGCUUAUAAUCAAAAAUGAUAAAGGAUUUUGCACUGAUUGUACUGAUGCAUGCGAACGGAAAUUAGUCAUCAAUUUGCACUCGCGUGAAGUCCAAUCUAAGAAAGCCUGGGUUGACGACGGGUUUUCAAACUGGAAGCAUGGAGCAGAUCGACUAAAAAUUCAUUCAACAACUUGCCUACACCUCAAUUGCGUCGAAGCAUUAUUGAACGUUGCAAAAACUAACGUGGUUCAGCAAAUAUCGACAGCCCAUUUCAAGCAGAUGAUGGAUAAUCGUACAGCGUUAUUAAAAAUAUUCAGCACAUUGAAAGCACUGGCUAUACAAGGUUUGCCUAUAAGAGGAGACAACAAUGAUGAAAGAUCGAACUUCAUGACGUUCCUACAGGCCCGUGCAGAAGAUGUCGUGGAACUGAAAGCUUGGCUCCAAAGAGAUGGUCAUAAAUGGCUACACCACAGAAGUCAAAAUGAAAUCCUCGAACUAAUGGCCACCACAGUUUCAAUGGAAAUUAUAGAAGACAUAAGAAACGCCGAAUACUGCUCCAUUUUAUUGGAUGAAACCUCGGAUGUAUCCCGAAUCGAGCAAGUAUCUGUUUGUCUGAGAAUUGUUUCCGAAGAUUUGACAGCAAAAGAACACUUUAUUUCAUUUUUUUCGACUUCGGACACAAAGGCCAAAACAUUAUUCGAUCUUGUCGAAGAAAUCUUCCAAAAAUACAACUUGCCAUUGUCAAAAGUCAGGGGUCAGUGUUACGAUGGAGCUUCCAAUGUUUCUGGCAAUAUUUCGGGAUUGCAGACGCGAAUUCUUGAAAAAGAGUCUCGAGCAUUUGUCGACAAGGAAAUUAACAGUGCAAUGUCAACCAAGGCAUCUGGAUUCUACGAUUACAUGGAGUGUUUUGAUUGUACGUUUUAUUUGAACAUAUUAAUAGAAAUGUUUGAUCGCAUCGAAAUAUUGAACAAAGACCUGCAAAAGAUGAAUCUUUCCGUCAUCGAAUCAUACGAAAAAGUCGGAGCAGUGACUGACGUUUUAAACGCUUCUCGUGACUCCAAAUUUGAAGAAAUUUGGCAAAAAAGCGUCCAAGCAGCUGAGGAUCUCGAAAUUGACGAACCACGAAUUCCGCGUCAACGAAAAAUUCCGAAACGCCUCGAUACAGGUACAACCACAAACGUUCAAUUCAAGACUGCUAAAGCUUUUUCAGAAAGUCGUACAUCGAAAUUUAUGAUCAAUUAA